GCGAUGUAGCUUCCCUCGCUGGCGUGAGCGAUGCGGUGGCUCCUGCCGCUGUCCCACACAGUGACACUGUCCGUCGUGCGCGUGAGGCGAGGCAUUUGCGGGCUCGGGAUGUUCUAUGCGGUGAGGAGGGGCCGCAGGAUCGGCGUCUUCCUGAGUUGGAAUGAGUGCAAAGAACAGGUGGACCGGUUUCCUGCUGCCAGGUUUAAGAAAUUUGCCACAGAAGAUGAAGCUUGGGCAUUUGUCAGGAACUCUCCAAGCCCAGAUGGUUCAAAAGGGCAGGAAACCGCUCGUGUACAGGAAUCACAGGUAAAGACCAGCAAGCGGCCUCGGGAGCCCAUGGGUAAAGGGGAAGAGCUGGCAGAGCCUGGGCCAAAGCACACAAGACAGAGCAUGGAGCUGGCUCCGCCAGUGAGCAAGGACACCUUUUCUUACAUGGGAGAAUCAGUUGUUGUUUACACCGAUGGCUGCUGCUCCAGUAACGGGAGGAGGCGGGCCAGAGCAGGAAUCGGCGUGUACUGGGGGCCAGGCCAUCCCUUAAAUGUUGGUGUUAGACUUCCUGGGCGACAGACAAACCAGAGGGCCGAGAUCCAUGUAAGUUCCCAGAUAAUCAUGAGUCUGCCUUUCCUCCAUGUGACCACAAGCCUGCAAAGCCAUCAUGCAAGCCAAGGCUCAGAACAUCAGCAAGCUGGUUCUUUACACAGACAGCAUGUUCACCAUCAACGGAAUAACCAGCUGGGUUCAGGGCUGGAAGAAGAAUGGCUGGAAAACGAGUACAGGGAAAGACGUGAUCAACAAGGAGGACUUCAUGGAGCUGGACGAGCUCACUCAGGGCAUGGAGAUCAAGUGGAUGCACAUUCCUGGUCACUCUGGAUUUGUGGGCAAUGAAGAGGCUGACAGGCUGGCAAGGGAAGGCGCGAAGCAGUCUGAAGACUGAGCAAAGUAGUUGCUGUACACGCAGACCCCAGGCAGUGGCUGUUCCUUUACCCUGAUGUGCAUUGAGGCCACAGCACGGAGGACUUGACUGGGACCUGUGACACAGCUUGAUGAGAAGUGCUUAAAUAAUGGAAAGGGAAGGUUGAGUUGGCCCUUGUGUGAAAUUUCAGUUUUUGUGCCUUUUAGAUCUGAUAUUCUUGUUUGCUUUGUUGCAGUCUGACCCAAAAUGCUCCAGCAAGCUGGGCGGUAGUGGCGCACAAAAACAAAACAGAAAAGUACUCCAACUUGAUUUUAGUAGCAGUCAGUGAGAUACUACUGCUCAGUAUGUGUGGUCUGAAGGUUCCAGAGUGUCCAUUUUCCUUCCAGUGUACACAUAAGCCUCCUGUCCCUCCUGGCACCCUGUGCCUCCGUGUGCAUCAAUGAUGAUGUGCCCCAAGGCUGGUCUUGGGACAGGCAGAGCCUGCACCCAGAAGACCUUGGCUCCGGAACUACCUUGUAGGGACAGCUGAGAACUUUAAAAACCAAGAUUCAUGAAUAUAUUGCUAAUAGAUUU